AGGUCUAAACCGGCAGGGAGAUCGCCAUAGUUUGACAGUGGUUGAGAACUCAUCAUCUUGAUUACAAGUCUUCGCAUUGCACAUAGACAACUAACUAAAUUCAUCUCAUCAUGUCUGGAGAAUCAGGUUUAACGGAAUUAAAUCCAAUCUAUGGCCCCUUUUUCGGUGUAAUGGGAGCAGCAUCUGCGAUGAUUUUCAGCGCCUUUGGUGCUGCAUAUGGAACUGCAAAAUCAGGAGUUGGUAUUGCUGCCAUGUCAGUUAUGAGGCCAGAAUUGAUCAUGAAAUCAAUCAUUCCUGUGGUCAUGGCUGGUAUUAUUGCAAUCUAUGGACUUGUAGUUGCUGUACUUAUUGCAAGUAAAUUGGGAACCCCAGAGAAUGGUUACUCAGCCUACAAUGGUUUCAUUCAUCUUGGUGCUGGGCUUGCAGUAGGAUUUUCAGGACUUGCAGCUGGUUUUGCAGUUGGAAUUGUUGGUGAUGCUGGUGUUCGUGGCACAGCACAACAGCCCCGUUUGUUUGUAGGAAUGAUUCUUAUUCUUAUUUUUGCUGAAGUCUUGGGUCUGUAUGGCUUGAUUGUAGCCAUCUACCUGUACUCCAAGUAAAUGCCAUGGGUAAACAUCUCUCCUAUUGUCAUUCACAAAGCCCAUUAAUCCUUUGCCAACAUUUAGAUAAGUUGUUGAUUGGAUACAUCCUUAGUUUAGGUUUUACCCACACUUCAAGUUGCUGUCUGCAUUGGUGUCUAAAAAUAAGAGGAACAUUCAAAUAUAUAAACCAACACCUGUCAUUCCAAGAUUAUCUUGGUGUUGGCAUGGCAUCAGCAGUGUGAAGUCAUUUUUUUUUAGCCAGGAUAUUCUUUCUGUGGGGUAACCAUUGUAAUCUGCAAUUGUUACACUCUUGUUCAUUGGUUUUAACUAGAACUUCUAAUUUCCUUAAUUCCAAUUCUUUUUCCUCUUCCAGUGUCAUUUCUCUGUCUAAAUGUAAUAAAUACUAAGUUCGUUUGAGA